AUGGCUUCCUCAUUCCCAAUCACAGAGCCUAGACUCAUGAGGGACAGCUUCAACACGGUUAACCUUGACCUACCUCGUAUCCUAGCCCUUUACCGUGACGAGGCUGUGGUACGCGUUCAUGUCCAUCCAAUUCAACCCCAGCAACUCCCACAUCUCGCGUACAUUAUCAAAGAUGGCAAGAAUCUCUUCGCUAACAACAUGGACAACGUCUUCAGCUACUACGAAGCUGCAAUAGAGACUCUCAACGGAAUCGGAUACCCGAGAGAAGCAAAGGAACAUGAGCACCGACGCCUCCAUCUGAAGACUCUAUAUGGAGGUCUCAAUGUAUUUAUGAUAAUGCUCCUUAGACUCGCAGAGGAACACCUUGAAACUUUGGAUGAUGAAGGCCGCGACUUCAUCACUUUUGAUUAUGAAAGUCUCGAAGCCACCAUCCUGCCACACCUCGACCAACUUGCUCCCUGGGAGAGAACAGAAGCUGAAGCCAAAGACAGGGCAGAGAAAUCAGAGUUGAAGACUUUGAUGACAAUAGCUGCUUUAACCGAGUCGACUAUUCAACAUGAACAUACCCAAGAAAAGGAUGCUGAGAAGCUUUCAGAGAAAGCAGUAGAAGCCUCUCAAAAAGCCAUCACUACAGAGCACUACUUUGAACAAAGCGAAAAACCAGCCAAUCAAAGCGACGCUCUUGUUGAUCCUGCAGAGCUCUCUGAUUGUUUCGCUGGGCUCUCUGUCACCAAGCACAAUACCCAACUUCCCGAUAAUGAAAGCAACAGACCCUCUCCAACUGCAUCUCCCAGUCACAUCAAUGGUAUAAUCAGGCAUCUACCAACUCUCAGCCAUGGCGAGACUGAUGAUACAUGCUCCGAUGAUGCCACUGGAAGGGAUCAAUCAAAUCAGGGGAGCACCCACGAUGAUCUCGUUGUGGACUUCUCAGAUGAAGCAUUUGCUGCCUAUCGAGUGCAAGAUGAGGAAGAAACGGAUGAUGAAUCUGAGAUCGAAUCUAAUUUUUCCUCCGAAAAUGGCGAUAGAUUCGCUGAUGAGGAAGUUGGUGACGGAAUGAGCAAUGAUGAAGAUGAGAAAAUCGUCAUCAUGGAGGAAGAUAAUUUGGAGAACGACGAACUGGAACCAUUCCCGUCUUUUUAUGAGACAGCUGGUCUCAAUGAAGAGUUCUCAAAGUUCCCAAUAAAUGAUUCAGUCCAGUCUACACAUCUUUUCGAAAACACAUACGAUUUAAGUCCAGAACCAGAGCAAGGAUCAUGCACAGCGGAAACUAUUGUGCUUGAACACGAAGAAAAUUCAGCCGAGAAGCCUUUGGGGCUUGAUGAAUUGGCCGAGAGAAUUCAUAGAACCAUUGGCAGUUGGAGCGAGGAUCCCAGGGAAAACUUGGAUCAUCUGCCCGAGCCUCUAUCCCCGAAGCGAGUCGACAAAGGCGAUGAAGAGCAUGGAGGACACUGGUCAGUCCCAUCAAUACUGGGCGCCGCGGCCGUCGUUGGGGUUCCGAUGUAUGCGAUGUAUCCAAUGUAUACAACUAUUGCCGUGGUUGCCAUUAUUCGGAUCGUUCGCAGUCUCAGAUGA